AUGCCAAAGAAGAGUGAGCGGUUGAAUAAUGGGCGUCCACCACCUUACCUCGAGGAAUUUGUUACUGGAAGUUUAUCUGACGAUUCAAACGACGACAAAGACUUGGAUGUAACAAUCAAAAUGGAAGAUUCUAGGGUUACAUCACUUUUGGAAGGACUUACGAAUCAGAUUACAUUGAUGCAAGCACAGCUGAUGCAAAAUACAGAGGUACAGACAAGGAUGGAAGAGAAGAAUAAUGAACUUCAUCAGAAGCUGGAAGCUACAAAUCGACAAUUAGCUGAAGUUCAGCGAACGAUGAAAAUUGAAGUCCCUCCUACAACUCGAUCAUCAGCUAUACUGAAUAAUACAGUCCCAGUAACAUUACCUGCACAGCUUGAUACGCCUUCGCCUUCGAUAACUCCGACAAGAAAUUCUACGCACCAACAGUCAACACCUUCAUGUUCAAUUCCUAGUUUUUCUGUUUACCCAAAUAACCCUGUAUAUUGGCAACAGCAUCCAUCGUUACCUGUCAGAAAGUAUUUAGUAGCAUUGCCAAAGUUUGAUGGAAAUCCUUGUGACUGGCUGGUUUUCAAUGCAGAGUAUAAAAGAACUACGACAGAGUUUGCAUAUACUUCUUCAGAAAAUACAACGAGACUAAACAGUAGUUUGCAAGGGAAAGCUCGUGAGCUUGUUCAGUGGUUAUUAAUUCACGACGACAUGGCGGAGAAGAUCAUGGAGAGAUUGUAUAGCAGGUUUGGUCGACCAGAACUUUUAGUGGACGCACAAAUUACUAUGUUGAAGAACAUUCCCGGAAUCUGUGAAAAUAAUGUGGGACAGAUUAUUCCUUUUGCUGACAAAGUGAUCAACUUUAGUCACUUUAUGUUAACUUGUUCUAGUCAACAUCAGCUUGCCAAUCCCACACUGCUUAAUGAGUUGAUCUUAAAGCUCCCAAUGAAUAUGAGAAUUGCAUGGGCCUCUCAUAUUAGUUCACUGACUGGUGUCCCGUCUAUAUUAGAUUUUAGUAACUGGAUUGAAGUUAAAGCCGACAACAUAGCCAGAGUUCCUGUGUGCAAUUCUUUGAUUUCUCCGACAGAGAAAAAGACGACACCCAAGAAAUAUCAAAUGCUUCACACUUCCAACGUUACAAGUAAGAAAGAAAUGAACUGUGUCUUAUGCGAAAAGAACCAUUUCAUCGCUAACUGCCCGGAUUUUUUGAAUAAAUCUACAGAUGAUAAAUGGAAGUUAGUAACAGAAAAGAAAUUGUGUUUUUCUUGUUUGAAAUUUGGACAUUCUACUAGAAUGUGCCGCAUUAGAAAGUCUUGCAAUAAGAAUGGAUGUAACAGAGUUCAUCAUCCUCAAUUACACAGUGAAUGUCAAGAUAAUAAAUCUACGCCAACGGUUUUAAAUAUGGAAGUAUCCUGUCAUGCUGCGUUGAAAGCAAAUGAAUCCAAGGUGUUGUUUAAAGUAGUUCCAGUAAAAUUAUACAAUAGAGGAGAAGUUGUUUCCACGUAUGCAUUGAUUGAUGAGGGAUCAAGCGUAAGCCUUAUCAAGAGAACCGUAGCUGUACGUUUGAAGUUGAAGGGACCUAUGCGAAAGUUGAAUCUCCAAUGGUUCGGAGACCACUGUAGUUCUGAAGAAACUGAAAUCGUUAAAUUUAAUAUAUCUGGAAUCCAUAACAAUGCCGAAGUGUUUGAGAUGAGGAAUGUGUGUACCGUAAACAAUCUUUGUCUUCCAAUGCAAACUGUAGACAUGAAUCAGCUUCAUUCCAAAUAUGACUACUUACAAAAUCUUCCUAUUGCCAGCUAUACUGACGCCCGACCAGAACUAUUAAUAGGAUUGGACUUUUGUCAUUUGGGAUUAUCGAACAGAAAGAUUCAACAAACAUCAAAUGGACCUAUUGUUGCAGAAAGUCCUCUUGGUUGGAUAGUUUAUGGAAGAACAGUUGACAAUGAGAUACAAUCAAUUCCAGGAAGAAUGUUUCAUGUGAGAGGGUACUUUGACGACAUCCAUUCUAUUGUAAAAGACUAUUUUACCACUGAAAACUUUGGUGUUGAACUAUCAACAACACCAAGAGAGUCUUCUGAAACGGUUCGAGCGCGUCAACUGUUGGAAUCAACAACAAAAAAGGUCAAAGGUCGUUAUGAAAGUGGUCUAUUAUGGAAAAACGAUGACAUAGUUUUACCAGAUAGUUACCCAAUGGCAGUCAGUCGAUUGAGAAAUGUUGAAAACAAGAUGAAAAAAGAACCUGUUUACGGUAUGAAGUACAAGGAAACUAUUGUCAGCUACGUGCAGAAAGGAUAUGUUCGUAAAUUGUCAUCUGAAGAGGUUGUUGAAAUUACUCCACGGACUUGGUAUUUACCACAUUUCGGUGUACUGAAUCCAAAUAAGCCUGGAAAAUUCAGACUUGUAUUUGAUGCCGCGGCUAAAGUUGGAAAAACAUCCCUUAAUUCAUCAUUGUUGACAGGUCCAGAUCUAAAUCAGCCACUCCUCACGGUUUUAUCUAAAUUUCGUGAAGGUCAAGUUGGGGUAUGUGCUGACAUCAAGGAGAUGUUUCACCAGGUGAUAAUUCGUGAAGAAGACCAAAACUCUCAACGAUUUUUAUGGAGAAAUGAUAAAACUGGCGAAAUUGAGGUAUAUAAGAUGUUAGUUAUGAUAUUUGGAUCCACAUCUUCACCGACAACAGCUCAAUAUGUCAAAAACUUUCAUGCAACACAGUAUCUAGAAAGUCAUCACGAAGCGGCCAAAGCAAUUAUUGAACGACAUUACGUUGACGAUUACGUUAAUAGCUUUCACACCGAUGAACAGGCAAUAACUGUAUCCAUGAUGGUUAAAAAUAUUGAGAUGGCUGGUGGUUUUGAAUUACGAGGUUUUAUAUCAAAUUCAAGAAAGGUUACUUCGAUCUUGAAUCAGGAACAAGGUGAUCAACUAUAUCAAGUGGAUAUGAACUUGGACAAAUCCCCUACAUGUGAUAAGAUACUGGGCAUGGUAUGA